CAGGGUCCCAGGCCGGAGCGGCCCGCGCAGCUGAUGCCUCCUUGAGCGUCCGCACGCCAAGUCGGAUGAAGUUGAAAGCGCUGCCUGAAUACACUCUGGAAAAGCAGCGCGCUCGCUCGCUCUUUUUUUUUUUUCCUGGAGGAGUUCUGUGGUUAUGCCUUCAUUCAGUAAAAAUCAGUCAUUAAGGAAGAUGUGGUGUUCUGGUACCAAGUCAGUAGUUGGGAGACUUGGGCUGCGCUGUCUUCUCUCAUUUCAGAUUAAAAAUACUGGACAGGGUCGUUGUGGAGCCACCCUUUGUGGCCGUCUCCCUGGGGCGAAGGGAGUCCCUACACCCCGUCCUGAGGGCUCUGGCCUCUCAUUCCCCUGCCCCCUGCACACACACCCUUCUUCGCUUACGUAAUUCCUGCCCCUGAAUCGUGAUCAGAGGGAGCGUGCUGAUGUGGUAAUGAGCCCCGAAAGCUCCCCUCGAACAUGUUAGUGUCAUCUGCGAGCCUGAUGGUGGCUUAUACUGUGUCUCUGGCACAUUUGCCGCUGUGUGUGUCUCGCUCCUGUGUGUCCGUGGGUGGCAUCACCAGGCAUUGAAGGGGUUGCCUCUAAUGAGUGUGUAAAGCUAGGAUUAGUGUGUAAAGUUCUGGAAAUGAACCUUAUAUCUUGCAGGAAAAAAAAGAGUAGGACAUCUUUCUGGCAUAGGCUGUGUAUUUGCUAUCCUUUCUAAAACUUGGUGGCUUUAUAAUAUGGAAAACAAUCCAAGACUUUGAUCAUUUGAACAUAGGCCUACUGAUUGGUUUAAAAAGAUAAAGAAUUGUAACAAGGUUGUUUUUAUAGACUGAUUUUACAAAUGAAACUGUUGUGACAUGAAUAUGGCUAAGAUGAAUGCUAAGAGUUCAUACUCUAGUAGAGGCAAUUUUAGAAUCCACAGCUAGCUGAAACUCCACAUUCUCAACCAUAGAACUUGAUGUUGUUAUUCUGUCAUCUCUUGGUGAGAAGUAAGACAUAGUGGAGUACAAGUUGCUACUUAGCAAUUCAUCUGGUAGCAUUUCCCUCCUGAUGGUAGGUAGUUUGUGAAGCUUUAAGGGGUUCAAUUUUGCUUUGUGUGCUGAGAAUGCUAAUACUUGUAGAACUUGGCAUAAGCCAUUUAGUGUUUUGUUGACAUGGUUUUGCAAUUCUUUUUCUGCCCAGUUUUCGUAGUUCCUGGUCAACAUAGAAAUGUGGAUUGCCUUGGCCGAAUCCUCAUGCGGGUGAACUCAUCAUGGUCCUGGGGGAACAAAAAAAGACAAAAAGUUACACUGAAGCUACCAGCUGCUGCAGGUGUGUGAGUAGCACUGCUUCUGCAACAGAGCCUCAAGCCACCGCGCCGUGGGAAGAGAAUGACCGCUUGCUGGGGUGCAGUCUUUCUCAUGCUGACGGCAUCCUGUGUCUGCAGCACUGUCUUCCACAGAGACCAGCAGACCUGGUUCGAAGGUGUCUUCUUGUCUUCCAUGUGCCCCGUCAAUGUCAGUGCCAACACCUUUUAUGGAAUCAUGUUUGAUGCAGGGAGUACUGGAACUCGAAUUCAUGUUUACACCUUUGUGCAGAAAAAUCCAGGACAACUUCCAAUCCUGGAAGGGGAAAUUUUUGAAUCUGUGAAGCCAGGACUUUCUGCUUUUGUAGAUCAUCCUAAGCAGGGUGCUGAGACCGUUCAAGGACUCUUGGACAUGGCCAAAGACUCUAUUCCGCGAAGUCACUGGAAAAGGACCCCCGUGGUCCUGAAGGCAACAGCAGGGCUGCGCUUGCUGCCAGGACAGAAGGCCCAGGCUCUGCUCUUGGAGGUAGAGGAGAUCUUCAAGAAGUCACCUUUCCUGGUACCAGACGACAGUGUUGGCAUCAUGGACGGAUCCUACGAAGGCAUCUUAGCUUGGGUUACUGUGAAUUUUCUGACAGGUCAGCUGCAUGGCCGUGGCCAGGAGACUGUGGGGACCCUGGACCUGGGGGGGGCCUCCACCCAAAUCACAUUUCUGCCGAAGUUUAAGAAAACCCUGGAACAAACCCCUAAGGACUACCUCACUUCCUUUGAGAUGUUUAACAGCACUUAUAAGCUCUAUACACAUAGUUACUUGGGAUUUGGAUUGAAAGCUGCAAGACUAGCAACGCUGGGCGCCCUGGAGAUGGAAGGAAUUGAUGGACACACUUUCCGAAGUGCCUGUCUACCGAGAUGGUUGGAAGCAGAGUGGAUCUUUGGGGGUGUAAAAUACCAAUAUGGUGGCAACCAAGAAGGGGACAUGGGCUUUGAGCCCUGCUACGCUGAAGUGUUGAGAGUGGUACAAGGGAAGCUGCACCGGCCGGAGGAGGUCCAGAGAAGCUCCUUCUAUGCAUUCUCUUACUACUACGAUCGGGCUGUUGACACGGGCAUGAUCGAUUAUGCAAAGGGGGGUGUUUUAAAGGUUGAAGAUUUUGAAAGAAAGGCCAGGGAAGUGUGUGAUAACUUGGAGAAGUUCACCUCAGGCAGCCCUUUCCUGUGUAUGGAUCUCAGCUACAUCACAGCCCUGCUGAAGGAUGGCUUUGGCUUUGCAGACAGCACCAUCUUACAGCUCGCAAAGAAAGUGAACAACAUAGAGACGGGCUGGGCCUUGGGAGCCACGUUUCACCUGCUGCAGUCUCUGGGCAUCUCCUACUGAGGUCAGCCACUUCCUCUGAGGCCUGCGUCCACCAGCCUUUUACAGGGAGAAGGAAGGACUCGGCUGUUUUCGAGCCAGGUGGGACUGAAGCCCAGCAGCCGGCUUUCUUGGGAAGAAAGGGCUUUUGUAGAUGGAUCUUGCCCUUGAGCCUACAGAUCUGGGUUUGAUUAAUUCUACACAUAUAAUGUGAACUUUUACCUAACCACUUGGGGUACACAGCUGGCACCAGUCUAAAUCUGAGAUUCUUGGUCACAGAGAGCCCGCCAAAAGGAAUAGCGCUGGAACUCCACCUUGGAGUCAGAGCUCGGGAAUAGUCCCUGGGAACCAAAGAAAAAUGUCAUUUUAACCCUGAGUGCCUCAUUCCCUUGAACAGUCUCUCCCCUACAGUCCUGUGACCUACCAAGACCGGGGUCUCCCCGGCCCCACCCAUACCUGCACUCUCCUCCCCAAGGACAGGUAUUUUACCCGGUCUUGCUUUCCAGGUAUAACUCAAACACACAAAGGGCACCACUUGAGAAUCUUUGCUUCUGCUCUGGGCAGCCAGCUGAGAGCCACAGGCAGGACAGGAAGUAACUCCUGCCAGUCAUGGCCAGCCGAACUCUAGGGACCUUUAGGGAAGGUGUGGUCGCCUCCUGUAUCUGAGCUCCUUUAACCAACGUUUUAUCAGUGAACCCUGGGGUUAAUUAACACAUCCAACUUUAUGGGUAUGUGUGGAUUCAGUGCCAGUAUCGCCUCCCAGGCUAAUGUGUUUAUAGUAUUAUCCAUGAUCCUAAACUUACCUUUUGUAGUUACCUGCCAGCUGUUGGCCUGUGGUAAGGGGUGUCUGUGCUGUUCAGGGUCGUAGCCUCUUUAGUUUGCCCUUUUGUUUGUAGCUCUCCUCUCCUGCCCGGCCCCUGGUCAUCUUAGCGAACAUGGCAGUCAGCUGAUCCUAGGAUCUCCGGCCUUGCACUGUGAUCUCUUGGCCCCUGGCGGUGCAGCUGGUCCAGCGUGGCUGGAGGACCCUAUGUAUUCUAUGAAUUAUUCCCCCACAUUAGCUUAUACUUUCGUCCCGUGACCAUCACCUGCUGCUUGUCUGCCCACCCUAGUGCUCUUGCCCUGUAUUCUGGCUUCUUCCCAAAGAGAGCUUUCAUGGUAGACCUCCCGGUCCUUCUGCUUCCUCCUCAAGGCUGUUAAAGAUGCGUGACCCUCACGCAUCAGUCCGUGGGUCGGUAAAUAUUUAAUAUGUGCUAUAUGCAAGGAACUUCAAAAGUUUCUGUACCUUUCCUCCAAGUUUUAGUUUUUUUUAAAUUCAGUGUGGAAUUUCUUUUCAUAGUCUUAUUAUAAAUAUUACCUUUGUAAAUAUUGCCUUACUCAGAAAGUGCUAGAAUUGGAAACAGCCCAUAGAGAGAAUCCAGUCUCUUACCCACUGCAGAAAUCCCUCAGCAUUACCAACAAGUGAUGGUCCAGCUUCUGCUCAGGUUUCCGAACUGCACUGAUGUUGAAGUGCUCCUCCCGUUGAGCUGAAAUCUGUGUUCCCAGUGGACUGUGGUUCUGUUGUAAUUUCUCCUUCCUUUCAUUAUUUUUGAAGAAAACUCCAAGUUCUUUAUGGUCCCUUUUAACAUGUCUGGACCCUGACCAUCUUUGUUAAGAGUAAUGGUACACUAAGCAUUCUGUAUCAUCAGGGAGAUUCUUUACUUCCAUAAAAAACAAAUUGUUUCCCCAGGAGGGAAGCUGUGUAGACUCCUCCAGCUUUCCAGGAUCUGAAGGAUUCCCUGGGCGUCUGUCACUGCAGGUUAUCUCUGAAGUGUCUUAAGCACAGGAGCGAGCCAUAUUUGUAAAGCACACAUAUUGCCCAGGCUGACUCCUUCAGAUCUCUUGGGUGGAUGCACUGACUUUAGAAACUUAUUAUAAAUAAUUAUAAUUUAUCAAUAUAUUAAUCUUGAUCAGAACAUCUGGAGAAUUGUUUAAGAGCAAUUUGGAAUGAAAAUUUUUCUUAGAAAAAGAUUUACCUAUAAUAUCCUUUCUGCCCCCUAGUGUACCCUUUGGGCCUCUUCUUAAGAGACCCUAUAGAUUCUAACAUUCCUGGUUAGUUUCUUCUCCUACUAGACUUGUGUUUAAAAUACUGAGGGCACAGCCUGGCACAGAGUGGAUGCUGUAUUUAUAUGAAGAACUCUCCCUGUCUUGGAUGGUCCACAUUCUCCCUGCCUGGGCUACCACUCUGUGUUCGAUGAGAGAUGACCCUAUGCUUGCAGCCCACCGGUAGUCCCAGCAGCUGCCAUCUUUUGUUCUGGGUACAUUUUUUCCAGAAAGGUCUGACAUUGUCCCUCUUUUUACUCUAGAAAACUUACCUGUUUUCUACCUUUGCUUGAAAAGCUCCCAUGUAGUAGCAGAUUUCCCAUGCUUUCAAAAAUUAUUCCUGGGAAUAGCUCGGCUGGGUUCAAAAGCAGACUAAUUCCCUUCAUUGUAUCUUCAAGUCAGGGUCUGGGGCAAGCUGGCUUUGUAGUACGCAGAUCCAGCAGACCUGCAUUUCUCAAGAGGCGUCUCUGGUACUGUGGAGCAAGCUCUUCAGAAACCCACAGCACUGCUCCCUCCACGGUGGCACAAACGUGAACAAAUGCUGCUGAGGAGCAGUUCCCCUUUUGAUCUGGUUCCUGAGGUCUUCCAACCUGUGCAGUGAAGUUAUUUAAUGACAGUGGAGGAUCCAGAAAUCUACUAGAAAUCUGGUGUUGUAUGAGGACAUAAGUAGCAUUACGACUUGGUUUUCUUUUCAUGAGGUCCAGUGUAUCUAUAUCAAAGGUUUAAAGAAUUCUAUUUAAUUAAAUGCAUCAACCGAGUAUUUAUAAUUCUUCUACCAAAAAAAACUAUAAGCAGCAUUAAAGGAACUAAAAUCUUUAGAAUGAUUAACAAGGGAAAAUGAGACAGCACCUCCAUGAUUUUUGUUUUAGUAAUAAAAAGCUCUUUCAAUCACA